UCGAUUUUUUCGGUCAUAAUUUUUUCUCGUAUCAAAAAAUACAAGACCUGAGUUCCAGCGAUUGCAACAAUUACAAAAAGUACAAGCCCGUGUGAAAAAAAAUUUUCCAUUAUUCGAAUUCAAUUCAAUUGAAUAUUAUUUCUACAUAAUUGACCGCUGAAAAUUUUUAGUGGCUAUUUAAAGAGCUGCAGCAGUUAUAUUUGGGUAGAAGUGCCCUCGAACCUUGCCAAGAGUCUCCCAGCAUCGCAGUGUCAUCGUCAUAAUGGAAAUAAUGUUAAAAUGGGAUUUAAUUCGUGAGUUGAGGUUUCUGUUUGGGUCGAGUGGAGUUUUAUAAUUUUUUCGUGGAUACGUCAUCUGAACUCAAUAUUCUGGAGAAAUUGAAUAGAAAUAAUUGGUGAGCCAUGACUGCAUCAAUAUUCGCUCUGGUGGUCUCAACCCUGUACAUCAUUCUGACGAGCCUAAUUGCAUAUUGGGCGAGGAAAUACGUGAAAUACUACACACAGCGGCCAUUCUUGCGGGACUUGUUUCUAGAGGGGAUUGCCACUGCUGAGUUAUGCGGAGCGUGCUUCGAACUGAUCAUAAUCGCUGACAACUGGGGAGUGUCAAUGUACGCGAUCUACCUCUUCGUCUUGACCGUCUGGUGGUCCCUGAACUGGGAGGACGCCACCGCGUGUCCGUACACCCACCUGGAGGACUUGGUGGAGAGUAAAAAGUCCCUGCGAGAGGCUUUCCUCCUCAUCUGGGCGGAGCUCGUCGGCGGUCUCGUUGUCUUCAGGUACAUCCAGGUCCUCUGGGCCCUGGAGAUCGUUCCCACCCACAAGAACAGGGCCUUCGAGGAUUGCACCACUGACCUCCAGGUACCCGUCAUCAUCGGGGCAUUCGUCGAGUGCAUUGCCACAUGCAUCUGCCGAAUUGUCUCCAGGGGACUUGGGGAACUCAAUCCCAAAUUCAGCAACAUCAUUGAUUCAUUCGUGGGAACAACUCUAGUCGUUGCUGCCUUUAAUUACUCUGGAGGAUAUUUCAAUCCUGCGUUGGCAACAGCUCUCAAAUAUGGCUGUCUAGGUACAAGUGUAAUUGAACAUGUGAUUGUGUACUGGGUGGGAGCCUGUGCCGGGUCCAUAGCAUCCAUACGAAUUUACCAGCACCCGAUCAUCCAGGAUUUCGUUAAAAAACAAAAAGCUAAAGCGCACUAAUUUAUUUUUGAAGAGAUGUGGGAGUAAUAAAGAUUAUUUGUAAAUAA